CCAGCCCCUGCCCCCGGCCCUGACUCUGUGACUCUCUCCCCAGUGGACGUGACUCUGGAUCCAAACACGGCUCAUCCCAGGCUCAUCCUGUCUGAGGAUUGGAAACGUGUGACAUGCAGAGACAAACGCCAGGAUCUGCCCGACAACCCUGAGAGAUUUGAUUAUUGUGUCUCUGUCCUGGGCGCUGAGGGGUUUGCGGGCGGGAGGCAUUACUGGGAGGUGGAGGUGGGAGACAAGACUGAGUGGGAACUGGGGGUUUGUAGGGAAUCUGUGAGCAGGAAGGGGAAGGUCACACUAACAACCAAACAGGGAUACUGGGCCGUGAUUUUGAGGAAUGGGGAUAAAUACUCAGUCUCCACCUCCCCCUGGAUCCCCCUCCCCGUGAGCGUCAGGCCCAGCUGGGUGGGGAUUUUCCUGGACUAUGAGGUGGGCAAGGUCUCGUUUUACAAUAUAACUGACAGGUUCCAUCUCUUCACUUUCACUGGCACCUUCUCCUGGACGCUCCACCCUUAUUUCUGUCCUGGUCUCAACGCUGGGGCUACAAACACGGCUCCCCUGAUAAUUUGCCCGGUCCCAGCUCAGGCCGGAGGGAAUCUCGGCCCCUGAUAGUGACCCCGCAGCACAGAUUGGCCCCUCACUGUUGCUCUUCCUUCUCCCUUGGUGGUGGGGGCCGGUUACUGCAGGGAACUGGAUUUUUUUGUGCUGACCAGACGCUGCCAGUUUCCCUUUUCAGCUGGAGUAGAAACCCAGACACCUGGCAACCCCCGCCCAGGU